UUUCAUGAAAUUAUUAUAGGGACCAGAGUCCCCUCGGGAUCAAUUCUUCUGCAUCAACUUUGAUUAACAUCUAUUAAAUGGUGGUCGACUUUUCCCAUUUAAUAAUGGAAACAUCAUUAUAUAUGUAGUCUCUCCUGUAUUGAGGCAUUCAAGUCAUCAUCUAUUCUCUGUGUUUGGUUAUCUAUCAAUAGGGAAUAUUAAAGUCAGUCAUCAAUUGUCCUCUCAAAGACAUGGAAGGAGGAGAGCAUGGUGGAAGUGGAAGAACAGUGUGUGUGACAGGGGCUUCAGGGUUCAUAGCAUCAUGGCUUGUGAUGAGACUUCUUCAACUCGGCUAUCAUGUUCGAGCCACUGUUCGCGAUCCUGAUAACAAAAGCAAGGUGAGUUAUCUUCUAGACUUGCCGAAAGCUGGAACACACCUAACCCUGUGGAAGGCAGAUCUAUUGGAGGAGGGAAGUUUUGAUGAUGCAAUUCAAGGAUGUGAUGGAGUCUUCCACGUUGCCGCCUAUGUGCCUGUUCUUCCUGUCAACGAUCCUGAGAAUGAACUAAUUAAACCAACAGUAAAUGGGGUUUUGAACAUCAUGAGGUCAUGCUCCAAGGCCAAAACUGUCAAGAGGCUCAUCUGCACCUCAACCACCGGAGCUGUUACCGUCCAACCACCACCCGAACCUGAUCAGUAUGAUGAGAGUUUUUGGACCGAUGUUGACUUCUGCAAGGAAAAAAAGAUACCUGGAUGGCCAUAUUUUGUGGCGAAAACAAUGGCAGAGAAAGCUGCAUGGAAAUUCGCUGAAGAGAAUGGAAUUGAUCUCGUCGCCAUUCAUCCAUCUAUGGUGAUAGGGCCUUUUAUCACGCCUUUGAAACCUGUCAGCAUCGAUAUAACACUUGCCUUAAUCACUAGAAAUGAAGCUCUUUACCCACUGCUGAGUAGAGGAUGGGCGGUGCACUUGGAUGAUGUAUGUAGUGCUCACAUAUAUCUGUUGGAGAAUCCUCAAGCCAAAGGAAGAUACCUCUGCUCCUCUCACUGUUUUACCAUUUUUGAACUCUCCAAAUCACUCAGCCAAAAAUACCCAGAUUGCAACAUACCAACAAAGUUUGAGGGCAUUGAUGAAUCUUUGAAAUCUAUCCCAGCCUCGUCUAAGAAACUGUUGCACCUAGGAUUCAAAUUUAAGUACAACCCGGACGAGUAUAAUGCAGGGGACUUGUGCAGUGAAGCCAUUGAAUUUUGUAGAGAAAAGGGGUGGUUGACACUAUAGAGAGCAAGAAAUGAAAAGGCCAACAACAAUGAAGCUGGUUGGGACUCAAAAUUUAGAAUAUGGAGAGCUAUGUUUGAUAUGGAUGUUGAUCAAUUGUAGCGCUGAUUAGCAUGCUCUCUUUUUUCUUUUCUUUUUUGUUUGGUUCGUGUGCGCGCUACUUCAACAAUAACAUUCGUCAUUGGCAUUUAUCAUGCUUUGCUUUGUUUCU